UACAAAUGAAAACCGCGGCAAAGGUGCUGUGCGAAGAAUAUUGAAUAGAAGAAGACGAAGAAGAAUGCCCGGAUUACUAGAUAUAUGUCAGGAUUUGUUCGGGUCAAAUGACUUAUAUGAAAUACUCGGUGUUAAGAAGGAAUCUACAGCUAAAGAGGUGAAAAAAGGAUAUCACAAGGUGUCACUCAGAGUUCAUCCCGAUCGUGUAUCGCCUGAGGAAAAGGAAGAGGCGACCAAAAAGUUUCAAGCCCUUGGUCGAGUUUACAGCAUCCUAUCUGAUGAAAAUAAGAGAGGCGUGUAUAACGAAACAGGUGAUGUUGACGAUGACGAGAGUGAUGUUACACGAGACAGGGACUGGAGUGAUUACUGGAGGUUACUCUUUAAGAAGGUGUCAGUAGAUGACAUCAAGACAUUCGAAAAAGACUACAAAGAUUCAGCUGAAGAACUGGACGAUCUGAAAUCAGCGUACCUAGAAAAUGAAGGAAGCAUGGAUGAUAUCAUUGACACAGUCCUGUGUGCAACCAUAGAUGAUGAACCAAGAUUUACAAAGAUCUUAAAAGGCUUGAUAAAGAAAAAGGAAAUUCCAGAUUUUCCAGCUUUCUCUAAAGAAGGAAAAUCUAAAAAGAAUGCUAGAAAGAGAAAGCAUGAAGCAGAGGCAGAAGAGGCAGAGCUAGAAGCCAAGAAGCUAGGUCUGAAUGGGGAGGGGUCCCUCCAGGCCCUCAUCCUGAAGAAACAGCAGUCCCGGGGGGCCGCAGCGGACGACUUCUUCUCCCAGCUAGAGGCCAAGUAUAGCAAGCCGCAGAAAGGGGGUGGCAAACGGAAGGGCAAGAAGUGACAGACUGGCUGGAAUGUUGCCAAAUGUGGAUAUUUGUUGAACUGAUGUUAUCUAUUGGUUUGGUUAUUAUAAGGAUAUGUGUUGUUGAGGGAUAUAGCAAUCUGUCCAUCAUGAAUACUUACAUUGUAAGUACAAAUACUAGUAUGUAGUAAAAGAAUUUACAGUUAUUUCAUGAGAUGUAUAAAUGAUACAAUCUCAACAUCUGUACAAACUUAACAUCACCCCCCCCCCCC